UCUCUAGCUCCCUCCUCUCCCUUUGUCAUUCUAGCUGCUGGCUGCCUCCGCAGCGUCCUUCUCCCUUCUCUUAUCCCUCUUUCUUCUUCUGCACUAUUUGCUUGCGACUCAGACAGAGUGCGCAAAGCAGAAGGAUUACUUGGGACCUGCCUUGGUGACCCAUGGCAUCCCCCAGAACCGUAACUGUCGUGGUCCUCUCUGUGGCCCUGGGACUCUUCUUUGUUUUCAUGGGAACUAUCAAGUUGACCCCCAGACUCAGCAAGGAUGCCUACACUGAGAUGAAACGUGCUUACAAGAGCUAUGUUAGAGCUCUUCCUGUGCUAAGGAAGAUGGGAAUCAACUCCAUUCUCCUCCGCAAAACCUUCGGUACCCUUGAAGUGGCCUGUGGCAUCGUCAUGACCCUUGUGCCUGGGCGUCCCAAAGACGUGGCCAACUUCAUCCUACUCUUGCUGGUGUUGGCUAUGCUCUUCUUCCAUCAGCUGGUCGGUGAUCCUUUCAAGCGCUAUGCCCAUGCCCUGGUGUUUGGAAUCCUGCUUACCUGUCGCCUGAUGAUUGCUCGUAAACCUGAAGAACCACCUUCGGAGAGGAAGCCCCCACAGGGGAAAGCUGGCAAAGCUGAGGAUCAGCCCGACUUGUAUGAGAAGGCCCCCCAGGGAAAAAUGAAGUUGUCAUAGUAAUGCAGAAGUGCAAAGAAAGUGCGAAAAGUGGACCCUCCAGACAGUUGCCUCUAUGAUAUCCAGGAAGAUGUCAGUGUGUAUUUUUCAAUUGAUGUAUUUAUCUUGGGGGAAAAGGGAAAAUGUAACUUGCAAGUUAAUGGCACUUUGGCUUGUGUAUACCUAUACUCUGAAAUGACCAUCUCACUUACACCUACACAUGCACCAACUUUAAUCACUUUGGAGCAACUCGCAUCUUGCUGCAUGUACAUGUAUAUGGCUAACUAUUGAAGUGUUUUUGUAAGAUGGACUCCAGCAAGGAUGUGAUUCUGAGAUUAUACAUGGGAAAAUGUAUUUAUUGUAUGUGUGUUUGUGCCCAUGUUCACAUAACACACAUGCACAUGUGGAGUGAAAGGCUCUGAUUUGAACUAAUUCUGCAUAGAUAUCCUUCCCUUCCUUAGCAAAGGCAGAAUAAAAUAAAUGUUCUGUAAAGAGAAUCUU